UUUUUGUUUAUUUAUUUUUUAUAAAAACUUUAGCCUUAUUGAAGUGUGCAAUUGACUAAAAUGGAUCCAGUUUCGGUUUAUCGCCUUAUCUGCCAAAAUAUAUAAUUGGAUACAAUUUGGAUAACUAUAACCUUUGUUAUCAAAUGAAGGCAUUUAGUUUAAAGUAAGAGCAUAUUUAAUAAUUAUAACUCCACAACAGCCAUCUUACUAUUAUAAUAUUAACUAUAGCAGUCCUAUCGAAAAGUGAUUGCAAAUACCGGGUACCGGUAACCGUGCUUUUGCACCGCCCUUCAGAACGAUUUACGUUAACCAAAAUCGAAUCCCCUAAAUAUUCGAUUUCGUUUCCCAUAUAACACUUACCCUUACAACUUCGUAAAACGAUUUUGAUUUUGGGAUUCUAAAAGUUGCAGAAACGAGACAAAAUGUCGUCUGAAAUGGAAGAGUACAAAAGUCGUAAAAGAAUAUUCGUCCGCAUAUUUACAAACCCCAAACCAACAAAGGGGACUUCUCCCUAUUUUAAGUUGCACGAAGGCGAUUUUGACAUAGAUGCUGUCCGAAUAAGGAAUCUGUUUGUGGAAAGGUAUGAGUUGGCCGAAAAAGAUGUCGAUAUACUCCCAAACCGUAAAGUACUAGAGGUGUUGACUAAAUUGGAAGAAUGGGGCAAAGCUGGAGGUUCUGCAGAAUGGUACGAUUACUUCUUUUUCUUUUUUCUGGGAUAUGCGCAAAACGGAGAAGACCCAAACACUUUGCAGUUUUAUAAUGACUCUUUGUCACUGGAGGCAAUUUUUAACGCCAUAAAAUCGUUAAAACCAUUUGCAGGAAAGCCAAAGAUGUUUGUCAUUCAAUCGGACAACUUGAAUCUAAUCCCAACAGCACACUUGGCUAAAGGCUCAGAAGACAGGAAGGUUGGUACGAGAAAAAUUCCACAGGACGCGGAUAGACUAAUUAUACAUUCAGAUAUUCCUCAGCUGUUUGCGAACACAUCACAAGAUGAAUAUAUAGAACAGCUUCAUAAGGUUGAGGAACACCACCCAAAGGCCGGUAAGUCAACCAAACUUCCAGAUGAGACGAAUAAAAACUGUUCUUUCUUGAUUCAAGCAUUUAUCCGCGUGAUGGUGGAUGGAAAAUACGCAGACGACGACCUCCUUACGCGCACCUGUCACAUUAACGCGCUUAUUGAUACCAUGGUUACGAACAUCUGCUUUCACUACGGGGAGGAUAAGAAAGUCAAGAAGAAGCUAACGCUACCAUUGACCACGUCCACGCUGACCAGAAAGGUCAAACUGUAGAGGAAUGAAUAGAAUGGCACCUUGUUGGCAACAUAUUUACUUCGACUAAAACCGUGAAAUCAAGACUAAUUGAGGAUUGGCGAUAACAUUGAUUUCAUUGUUAUAAAUGUAGUGUAAAUUAUCUACUCUUCCAAUUACAUAUACAGGAUCUCAAAUGGGUGUUUAUCGAAUGUAUUUAACGAGUUCAUUUUAAAAAGAUAGAAACGAGACUCUGCCAAUAAUACAUAUUUUAAUCCUUUUAAGUCAACAGCCUUUAUUUUUUAUCGAAUUAAUAAAACAUGUUGAUUUUAAAACGAUACUCUGCCAAUAAAACAUAUUUUAAUCCUUUGAACCAAAUUAAUAUUAAUAGAAAUGUCAUAACUGGAUGACGUCUUCAGUCAUAACGCAAGUGUGUACAUGUCAUUUUGCGAUUGCAGUUUAGUAUGUAGCUGAUGGAUUACCACGGAUUUCUGUCAUUUUGAUGGAUGUGGAAAUGGAUAUAUUACCUCCGUAAAUUUGACUACCAAAAGUAUUGUAAAAUCCUCUAGUGUCAGUGAGAUUUGAUGUGAAAUCAAUGAUUGUGUGAACUGAGCAUUGCUGGCGAACUGCAU